CUUGCCGCCUGCUAAAGAUAGCCAGGGCUCGUUUUGCGCCCAGCCCCGAAAGUUGCGGUCGAGAGAGCCUCUCUGACUGACAGGGAUGCGUGCUGGACAGUGACAGAGCCGGCCCGGCUUGCUUGCUUGCUUGCUUGCCUUCCUGCCUUUGUCGUGGUCUGGAUUACCGACCCAGGAUAUGGCUUUGCUCUGCUACAACAAGGGAUGCGGGCAGAAGUUUGACCCGGAGAAGAACACGCAAGACUCCUGCCUCUACCAUCCGGGUUUACCCAUCUUCCAUGAUGCCUUGAAGGGCUGGUCUUGCUGCAAGAAACGAACCACGGACUUCUCAGAAUUCCUCUCCAUAAAGGGCUGCACCAAAGGGUAUCACAGCAAUGAGAAGCCUCCAGAGCCAGAGGAGGCCUCGAGGGAGCCAAAGGUCAAGACAAGCACUGAGGUCAUCAUCCAGGGGCCAAAGUCAGCAGAGAUGAUGGAGCGUGAGAGGCCCAGUUCUGAUGAGCCUAAACAGCUGCUGCCAGUGAAAGUGUCCGGAUCUCUGGCGCAGGCCCUGAGCAAGCUGGAUUUGACCCCCAAGGACCAGCCUCCAGUUCAUGGCUCAGCAGACGCUCCUUCCCUGGAGGUGAGCGCUGGCACCACGUGCAAGAACUCUGGCUGCAAGGCGGUUUACCAGGGGGAAGAAAGCAAUAGGGAGACCUGCACAUUCCACCCUGGGGUGCCUGUCUUCCACGAAGGCAUGAAAUACUGGAGCUGCUGUGGAAUGAAAACCACCGACUUCACAGCAUUCCUGGAGCAAAAGGGUUGCAGCCGAGGGAAGCACACCUGGGUGAAGAAGCAGGACAAGAAGCUGGUCUCUUGCCGGCAGGACUGGCACCAAACCGGCAGCCAAGUGGUGGUGACCAUCUAUGCCAAGAUCCCUCUGCCAAAUCUCAGCUCUGUGAAGGCCAACCGCACGACGCUGGACAUUCAUAUUACUUUCGAAGGAGAUCAGGUUUUCCAGGCAGAGUUGGAUCUCUGGGGGGUCAUCAAUGUGGAGAAGAGCUUUUUGAACAUGUUGCCCUCCAAAGUGGAAAUUACCCUGAAGAAGGAAAACGCUGUCACCUGGGCUAGGCUGGAGCACCCCCAGAGCAAACCACAAACCCUGCGGGGGCAGCAGCAGCAGCAGCUGGAGACAGAUAGCUUGGAAAACCAGGAAGCCACAGGAGCUCAUCUGGAAGAGGAGUCCGACGACAGCUUGAGCUGGUCAGAGGAGGAGGAGGAAUGGGUGGAAGGAGAGAAGAGCCAAGCCCUCCCUGCUAGCCAUGUCUCUGAUGGGAAGUAAGUCGCAGCUGAGUGCUGCAGCCUGUGGAAUCGGGAAUGGGCUGGACUGUUCCCAGCUCUGAUCUGUGUUGCUGAAAACAGGGGCACCAACCGGGUGCUACAAAAAGAAUGCCCACUGUUCGCCACGGACAGACUAUGCCUGAUGCUCCUCCUCUUCUGUCCAGGAUUGGGAUGCAGGUGAAGGGAGGUGUGGGGGGCAUAUCCAGGGUGGUGGGAACCAGUGUCUGGAAUUUCCCCAUCCACUCUUUUGUUUGUGUCUCUGUUGCUGCAUCUCAUUCAUGGAAUAAGAUAAACUUUCUUCAAUAAAAAGGAAGAUGAAAAGUAUACUCUGAAAGUA